ACCGAUGCGUGGUAUACACCGAUAAAUACAGUAUGUAUACGGGAACUGUAUUGCAAAAACGUGGUGUGAACCCAGCCUAAAACACUUACCUAGCCUCGUUCCCCUGAUCUCUCUUUUUCCUAGAGGAGUGCCCGAAGCAGGUCCUGUUGGCUCAGCCAAUCACUGGCUCCAGCGGUGUCCCAACUUGACCAGUGAUUGAAGUGAUUGAAUUUACUACGCUCCCUUUCCAGGUAUACUCAGUCCCAACCCAGCUUCACACCAACUCCAGCCCAGCGCCUGUACGAGAGCUGAACCCUGGACGACCCCUCUGGAUUAUUGUGCUGCAGAAGGACCACAAGUCUCAGCCAGGCUCCCCUCAGCGCAGCGUACACCUCUUCUCUCUUCUCAGCCUUCACUAGUGACGUCACACGGGGCGUGUCUCCAAGCUCAUCCAGACGGGAGGGGGCGUGUCCACAGCAGGCUGGUGGGGCGGGGCCCAGUGUAUGUGUGAGAAGUGAAGGAGGGAACCUGCUGCUGCUGCUGGUGGUGGUGAGUGCACGGAGCACAGCUGCAGCCACUCUAUGCCUGAGCAGCAGCAGCAGCCAGCCAUCUCCAAGGAGGAGACCACAGCAUCUCCUUCACUUCAUUCCUUAUUACCGCAAGGCAAACCUAAGGGACUGGAACUCUUGUAUGCCCAGGACUGUAAGACAUGCGUUCUAUAAGGAAGAGGUGGACUAUCUGCACCAUAAGCAUCCUCCUCAUCUUCUAUAAGACCACAGAGAUCGCAAGGACCGAUGAGCACCAGGAUUCCCAACUCAAUGGAGAUGGUGAGCUCACAUUGAGUAGACUGAUGGUGAAUAGCUCUGAUAAGAUUCUAAGAAAAGAAGGUUCAGCGGUCUUUAGCCAUGAGGGAGCAGGAUGGAAGAUCAAUUCUUCAUUGGCUUUGGAAAUAAGGAAGGAUAUUCUCCGAUUUCUGGAUGCAGAGAGAGAUGUAUCUGUAGUUAAAAGCAGCUUCAAGCCUGGAGACGUAAUUCAUUAUGUUCUGGAUAGACGCCGUACUCUAAAUAUUUCGCAGAAUCUGCACAGUCUUUUGCCUGAAGUAUCUCCGAUGAAGAGCCGCCGGUUUCAGACUUGUGCAGUUGUGGGUAAUUCUGGAAUCCUUCUCAACAGUGGAUGUGGCAACGAGAUUGACAGCCAUGACUUUGUAAUAAGGUGCAAUUUAGCUCCUGUAGUUGAAUUUGCUGACGACGUUGGUACCAAAUCCGAUUUCAUUACCAUGAACCCAUCUGUGGUCCAAAAAGCAUUUGGAGGAUUUCGCAAUGAAAGCGACCGGGCAAAAUUUGUUCAUAGACUCUCUAUGCUUAAUGACAGCGUUCUCUGGAUACCAGCUUUCAUGGUUAAGGGUGGAGAGAAGCAUGUCGAAUGGGUUAAUGCUUUAAUUCUCAAGAACAAACUCAGAGUAAGAACUGCCUAUCCAUCGCUAAGGCUCAUUCAUGCUGUCAGAGGAUACUGGUUAACAAACAAGGUUCAAAUCAAAAGACCCAGCACCGGCCUUCUGAUGUACACACUGGCGACACGAUUUUGUGAGGAAAUUCAUCUUUAUGGAUUUUGGCCUUUCCCCAAGGAUGUUUAUGGAAACCUAGUAAAAUACCAUUAUUACGAUGAGCUGAAAUACAAAUAUUUUUCUAGUGCCGGGCCCCACAGGAUGCCGCUCGAAUUCAAGACAUUGAAUGUAUUGCAUAACAAAGGGGCACUAAAACUCACUACUGGAAAAUGUGAACAGCAAUAAGGUUUACUUAAAUGCAAUGAGUAAAGCAUCUCCGUCGAGAUAUUUUUGGGAUAUGUUUAGAGCUGUGCUCUUUUUUUAAUAGAAGAGAAAUUGGCGUGACAUUUUAGAAAACCAGCUCACAAGACGGGCUCUAGUCCAUAUGCUUGUUGCAAGGUGCUAAAAACCAGUAUUAUAGGAAGAUGCUUGGUUCGGAGUAAGUGCCACUGAGUUGCAAACUCGAAUGUUUUACUAGUGUUUACAAGACCCGAAAAUACAAUCACUUGGAAGAAUGAAGACCAGUCUGUGCUGACCCGAUGGAAGUGCAAGUGAAACAUGAUGGAUUUAAAGAACUUAAGGCACCUAGUUUACAUUCACGUCUCAAUCAGUAUUCAUGUAGGUUCAUUUAAUGCUGUUAGAUCCAUUUGUUUUCAUUGCCCUUGUAUUAUAGAUUUGUAAUUUUUCUAAACCUUUUUGUAGAGUAGAAACAAAAAGAAUGUCACAAAGAGAAAGGGAGCCAUGGUCACUUGACGUAAACUCUCUAGCAUGGUUAUAUAGGUCGAUACAAACCAUAUGAAUGACUCUGCCUUGUGUAGAACAUAGGAUUCCGAACAACAUGAGCAGAAUUUGUAAACGGGAAUGAGUGAACAAUAGGUAGAUGUGUGGUAGAUGUAAAUGCUUUAUCAGUGAUAAACUCCACAUCUGACUGUAAGUAAUAGAUGUAGUGGAUCUUUAAGCUUCGCAGACUGCAUUGAAGACAUUUUGUGGGCUAGACUAAUGCACCAUCAGUUCGCUGACAUAUUGAGGAACUUAUGUCCAGUCUGUUACCUGCCCACAUAAUUCUGCAUCCAGUGCGGGUGACUGGUCCACUAUACAGACGUUUCUAGCUGUAAUUGUACAUUUCAGUGUUAGAAGGCUUCUCUGGAAUACAGGAGGAAUGUACUGGGAUGAGCUUAAAGCCGUUCUAAAGUCAUUAGUGCUGUCUGAUCCUCAGACCAGCCGUGGUAUUACUGUAGAGCAGCAAAUACACUUCUAGGUUUCGUGUGAUUUCAGAAUGUUUUGUUACCAAACAUAGGUGCCCUUAAUUUUGGUACCAAAGAUUUUAGUGAUUUUGUAUAAAUAUUUGUGUUCUUUUAUUUUUAUUAAUGUACAUUUAGUACUGCAAAGCUAUGCUGCUGAAGUAUAUAUAUAUGUAUAUCAGUUAUGUUUAUUAUACAUUUCUAUUUUAAAUUGAGUUUUAUCACAUUUUAUGUAUUUAAAUGUUAGAGGAGCAAUUGUUGUUGUAACCAAUAUUGUUCCACAUAAUACAUAUUUACAGAAGAA